UAUUCAUGCAUUGAUAUAAUAAUAAUGGUUCUAGGUGUUGUAGAUGGAACACAAAAAGUGACUAUCGAUGAUGAAUUAAAAGCACGAAUAAUUAUUGAAACACUAACAUUUGAUGAGCGAAAACGUCUUCAACAUGCUCUUAAUGAGAUUAACAAACCAUUUUCUCGGGAUGCUUCUGCUGAACUCUCACGUGAACAAAUCAGGCAGUUGUUUUUGAUUAAUGCUUUGCCAUUCAUCGGCUUUGGUUUUCUUGAUAAUGCUGUAAUGGUUGUUGCUGGUGAAUACAUUGAUCAGAAAAUCGGUGCGUGGUUGACUAUAUCUACCAUGGCAGCAGCUGCUCUUGGAAAUACAGUCUCGGAUGUUGCUGGUGUUGGUCUUGCGCAUUACGUUGAAUUUUUUGUAUCAAAAUGUGGCAUCAAACAUCCUGUACUUAAUUCUCAACAGCUGGAAUCUUCACUCGCUCGAGCAAUAAUACAUGUUGGACGUGGCAUUGGACUAAUUCUUGGAUGUCUUGUGGGCAUGUUUCCUUUGCUUUUUUUCCAUCCUUCAAGCUCUAAAACCAAUUCAGAUUCUUUAGUAACUAAGGAAACUUAA